ACUCUAAUUUAGAUAGAAGCGAAGCCGAAGCGUUAGACCGGGGGACCAUCACUUUGUACUUUAGCUAAUCAGUUCAAAACAAUGGCCUUCAUGGCCGCCGUACUCCGGCGAAGGCUUUCCGGAAAACUAUUUCAUCUUCAUGUUGUUAGAGUAAGAUCGUUUUCGGACUCUGCUUCGGCUUCGAAUCGCAUAGAGAAGAUUCUGGUCGCCAACAGAGGUGAAAUCGCAUGCAGGAUCAUGAGAACCGCCAAGCGCCUGGGGAUUCGAACCGUUGCCGUUUACAGCGACGCCGAUCGCCACUCACUCCACGUAAAAUCAGCCGACGAGGCCGUCCGAAUCGGCCCGCCUCCGGCUCGAUCGAGUUACCUCAGUGCCUCGUCGAUUCUUGAGGCCGCGGCUCGUACGGGUGCGCAGGCUAUUCACCCAGGUUAUGGUUUUCUAUCGGAAAGUGCCGAUUUUGCUCAGCUUUGUGAGUCUAAAGGUCUGAUUUUUAUAGGGCCUCCUGCCUCUGCCAUCCGGGAAAUGGGUGAUAAAAGUGCGUCGAAGAGGAUAAUGGGUGCAGCUGGGGUGCCCCUUGUGCCUGGAUACCACGGUAAUGAACAAGAUGUUGAUUUGAUGAAACUAGAGGCAGACAAGAUAGGGUAUCCAGUUUUGAUAAAACCCACUCAUGGGGGCGGAGGAAAGGGUAUGAGGAUCGUGCAGAGUCCAGAUGAAUUUGUUGAAUCCUUCCUGGGAGCACAACGCGAGGCUGCUGCUUCAUUUGGUGUAAACACAAUAUUACUGGAGAAAUAUAUUACGCAGCCAAGGCACAUAGAAGUCCAGAUUUUUGGGGACAAAAAUGGGAACGUUCUACAUUUGUAUGAGAGGGAUUGCAGUGUGCAGAGAAGACACCAGAAGAUAAUUGAAGAAGCCCCAGCACCAAAUAUUUCUGAUGAGUUCCGGUCUCACUUGGGUCAAGCUGCUGUAUCUGCUGCCAAGGCAGUUGGUUAUCACAAUGCUGGCACUGUGGAGUUUAUAGUUGAUACUACUUCAGGGAAAUUUUAUUUCAUGGAGAUGAACACACGUCUUCAGGUUGAGCAUCCUGUGACUGAGAUGAUUGUUGGUCAAGAUUUGGUAGAGUGGCAAAUUCGUGUGGCAAAUGGAGAACCUCUCCCAAUUAGUCAGUCUGAGGUGCCCUUGUCAGGUCAUGCCUUUGAAGCCAGAAUAUAUGCUGAAAAUGUACCAAAAGGAUUUCUUCCUGCAACUGGGGUUCUUCAUCACUAUCAUCACGUUCCAGUCACAUCAACAGUUCGAGUUGAAACUGGAGUUGAAGAAGGUGACACUGUUAGUAUGCAUUACGAUCCGAUGAUUGCUAAGCUUGUAGUAUGGGGAGAAAAUAGAGCAGCUGCAUUGGUUAAAUUAAAAGAUUGUUUAUCAAAGUUUCAGGUUGCAGGUUUACCAACAAACAUUAAUUUUCUUCAAAAACUUGCCAAUCAUUGGGCAUUUGAACUAGGAAAAGUAGAAACCCAUUUUAUAGAACACUAUAAAGAUGACCUCUUCAUUGAUCCUAGCGAUUCAGUAUUAGAAAAACAAGCAUACGAUGCUGCACGAUUUAGUGCAACUCUGGUAGCUGCAUGUAUAAUUGAAAAGGAGCAUUCUACACUUAAAGAAAAUCUUACUGGGGGCAAUGGCUUACUCUCUAUAUGGUACUCUUCUCCACCUUACAGAAUCAAUCAUUGUGCAAGUAGUACAAUGGAGCUUGAGUGGGAGAAUGAAUAUGAUAUCAGCAGCUCAAGGUUAUUGACACUUUCUCUUACUUAUAAACCAGAUGGAAGGUAUCUGAUUGAGACAACGGGAAACGGUAAUCCUGGUGUGGAAGUGAAAGCAGAAAAACUGAGCAAACAUGAAUUCAGAGUUGAAGUUGAUGGUGUAAUCAUGGAUGUUCAAUUAGCAGUUUACUCGAAGGACCAGACCAAGCAUAUUCAUAUAUGGCACGGUUCACAUCAUCAUCAUUUCAAACAGAAACUGGGCCUUGAAUUAUCUGACGAAGAUGAAUCUCAACAUAAAACCAACUUUGAAACAUCGUCUCAUCCACUAGGAACUGCCGUGGCGCCCAUGGCUGGUUUGGUGGUUAAGGUGCUUGUAAAGAAUGGGACAAAAGUAGAGGGAGGGCAGCCAAUAUUAGUGUUAGAGGCAAUGAAGAUGGAGCAUGUUGUAAAGGCACCUUCAACUGGGUAUGUCCACGGGCUUCAACUAACAGCUGGGCAGCAGGUUUCUGAUGGUAGUGCUCUCUUUAGAAUCAAGGAGGAGGAGCAGAGCACGUGAUGAUCCUCGCUGUCUCAGACCGUCACGUCACUUGAAUAAUUAAUUGUUCAUGAACAGCUCAACGUUGUCUGAAUAAAGCUUCAAAAAGUCAAAAAGGGUAACUCAACUCUAAAUGUAAAUGUAAAGCCUAACGGUAUUUUGCAAAAUGUAACAGAAACUAGUGUGUAUUAAUCUGCUGGAAUAAUUAAUGAAAAUAAUAAUACAUAUAUUUAUGUA